CUACAAAAUUCGGAAACAGGGCGAGCAGCCUUUCGGUGAAUUAACACUGCAUACCGGGCUGGGAAUAGUAUUCCCGUCGCUCGAUGGAGGGUAGAAUGGGGCGUCCGCCGACGAGAAACCGUUUCGUCUGGUUAUGGAUCUUAGUGUUUUCGACAACAGUAUCACACCGAUGGGUACAAGCCCAGCACUGCGUGUGGUACGGGGAGUGCGGGGAGUCCACGGACGUCCCAGGAAAGAGGUACAACUGUGACUACACCGGCUCGCCCCUCCCCCUGCCUGAGGAAGGGCACGACCUGCUGGUGGAGCUAUGCCCAGGGUACAACUACGGUGAACAGAAGCUGUGCUGCGAUGUACAGCAGCUCCAGACUUUGAAAGGAAGCCUUCAGCUACCUCUCCAGUUCCUCUCUCGGUGCCCAGCCUGUUUCUACAACCUAAUGAACCUGUUCUGUGAGCUAACGUGUAGCCCUCGCCAGAGCGAGUUCCUCAACGCCACCAAGUUCACCCCGGACCCCACCCACAACAAGACCAACGUGGUGGAGGUGCAGUACUACAUCGGACAGACGUUCGCCAAUGCCAUGUACAACGCGUGUAAGGACGUGCAGGCUCCCUCCAGCAACGUGAAGGCCCUGUCUCUGCUGUGCGGGAAGGACGCCAAGGACUGCAACGCCACCAACUGGAUCCAGUACAUGUUCGACAUCAAUAACGGCCAGACUCCCUUCCCCAUCGAUCCCAUAUUCACAGACGUCCCCGUUGGCGACAUGACGCCGAUGACCAACAGCACGCGGGGAUGCAAUGAGUCCCUGGACGACGGCUCGGGGCCGUGCUCCUGCCAGGACUGCACGUUGGUGUGCGGGCCCAAACCUGUGCCCCCGCCCCAGCCCCCGCCCUGGACCAUCCUGGGCCUGGACGCCAUGACCGUCAUCAUGUGGCUCUCCUACGUCGCCUUCCUCCUCAUCUUCAUCGGAGGGGUGCUGGGCAGCUGGUGCUACAGGAAGAGGACGAUCCUGUCUGAAUACGGGCCCAUACUGGACAGCAACAACACCCACUCGAUAAACAGCAGCAUGACUGAACAGGACGAGGUGACGUGCUGCGAGACACUGGGUGAGCGCUUCGAGAACGCGCUGCGGCAGAUCUUCUGCCGCUGGGGCUCCUUCUGCGUGCGCCGCCCGGGGCUGGUGGUGGCCACCAGCCUGGCCCUGGUGGCAGUCUGCUCGGGGGGCCUGGCCUUCAUGCACAUCACCACCGACCCCGUGGAGCUGUGGUCCUCGCCCAGCAGCGAGGCGCGGCAGGAGAAGGACUACUACGACGCCCACUUCGGCCCCUUCUUCCGCACCGAGCAGCUCAUCAUCACCACCACCCUGGACACCGCCUCCAUCUACUCGCCCUACUUCGGCGGCCCCGACGUCCCCUUCGGGGCUCCCUUAGACAAGGGCGUCCUGCAUCAGGUGCUGGAUCUUCAGGACGAUGUCACAAACCUGCAGGCCACGUACAAGAACGAGACGGUGACGCUGAAGGACAUCUGCCUGGCUCCCCUGGCGCCCUACAACGACAACUGCACCAUCCUGAGCGUCCUCAACUACUUCCAGAACAGCCACGAGGUGCUGGACCACUGGAAAGGGGACGAGUUCUACACCUACGCCGACUAUCACAGCCACUUCCUGUACUGCGUCAGUGCUCCAGCGUCGCUGAAUGACACCGGACCUCUUCACGACCCCUGCCUGGGGACAUUUGGUGGCCCCAUCUUCCCCUGGCUGGUCCUGGGAGGGUAUGACGACACUAACUACAACAAUGCCACCGCGCUGGUGAUCACCUUCCCUGUGAACAACUACCUCAACGACACGGAGAAGCUGGGCAAAGCGCUGGCCUGGGAGAGAGAGUUUAUCCGUUUCAUCAAGAACUACAGCAACCCCAACCUGACCAUCGCCUUCAGCGCCGAGCGCAGCAUUGAGGACGAGAUCGACCGCGAGAGCAACAGCGACAUCAGCACCAUCGUGGUCAGCUAUGCCAUCAUGUUCGUCUACAUCUCCCUGGCACUGGGCCACAUCAACAGCCUGCGCCGGCUGCUGGUGGACUCCAAAAUCUCUCUGGGCAUCGCGGGCAUAAUCAUCGUGCUGAGCUCGGUGGCCUGCUCCCUGGGCAUCUUCAGCUACGCCGGCAUCCCCCUCACCCUCAUCGUCAUCGAGGUCAUCCCCUUCCUGGUGCUGGCCGUGGGCGUGGACAACAUCUUCAUCGUCGUGCAGACCUACCAGAGGGACGAGCGCAUGCCACAGGAGGAGCUGCACCAGCAGAUCGGGCGGAUCCUCGGGGACGUGGCCCCCAGCAUGUUCCUGUCCUCCUUCUCCGAGACCGUGGCCUUCUUCCUGGGAGCCUUGUCUACCAUGCCUGCAGUGAGGACUUUCUCCCUCUUCGCCGGGCUCGCCGUCUUCAUCGACUUCCUGCUGCAGAUCAGCUGCUUCGUAAGCCUACUGGGGCUGGACAUCAAGAGGCAGGAGGCCAACCGCCUGGACAUCGUCUGCUGCAUGUCGCUGCCCGAUGGGCAGGAGGAGAGGACCGAUGGCUGCCUCUUCCGCUUCUUCAAAAAGGCCUACGCCCCCUUCGUCCUGAAGGAGUGGGUGCGACCCAUCGUGGUGGCUGUGUUUGUCGGCAUGCUGUCCUUCAGUAUAGCCGUGACCAACAAAGUGGAGAUCGGACUGGACCAGAAGCUCUCCAUGCCUGACGACUCAUACGUGAUGGACUACUUCACCAACCUGAGCGCCUACCUCCACACCGGCCCGCCGGUAUACUUUGUGGUGGAGGACGGCCAUGACUACCGCACCCUGGAGGGUCAGAACAGCAUUUGCGGGGGCGUGGGGUGCAACAACAACUCCCUGGUCCAGCAGGUCUACACCGCCUCCCUGAUCAGCAACUACACCCGCAUUGGCUUCACUCCAUCCUCCUGGCUGGAUGACUACUUUGACUGGGUGAAGCCCCAGUCCACUUGCUGCCGCUACUACAACUCCACAGGGGACUUCUGCAACGCCUCAGUGGUGGAUACGUCGUGUGUACACUGCCGUCCUCUGACUCCAGAGGGGAAGAUGAGGCCUGUGGGAGAUGACUUCAUGAAGUUCCUGCCCAUGUUCCUUUCUGACAAUCCCAACCCCAAGUGUGGGAAAGGGGGUCAUGCAGCCUACGGCUCCGCGGUGGACCUGACUCAAAACAACACAGACGUGGGCGCCACCUACUUCAUGACCUACCACACCAUUCUGAAGAACUCCCCAGACUUCAUCGAGGCCAUGAAGAUGGCCCGCGUGCUGGCCGAUAACAUCACUCAAGCCUUAGGCUCGAACGGCAGCCGCGUCUUUCCUUACAGUGUCUUCUAUGUCUUCUACGAGCAGUACCUGACCAUCGCCUACGACACUGCCUUCAACCUGGGCGUGUCACUGGCGGCCAUCUUCGUUGUGACCACCGUGCUCCUGGGAUUUGAGCUGUGGUCGGCUGUCCUGGUCAGCCUGACCAUCGCCAUGAUCCUUGUCAACAUGUUCGGGGUCAUGUGGCUCUGGGACAUCAGCCUCAACGCAGUGUCCCUGGUCAACCUGGUCAUGAGCUGCGGGAUCUCUGUGGAAUUCUGCAGUCACAUAGUGCGGGCCUUCUCCGUCAGCACCAAGAGCACCAAGGUGGAGCGGGCGGAGGAGGCGCUGGCCCACAUGGGCAGCUCGGUGUUCAGCGGCAUCACGCUGACUAAGUUCGGAGGCAUCCUCAUCCUGGCCCUGUCCAAGUCCCAGAUCUUCCAGAUCUUCUACUUCCGGAUGUACCUGGCCAUCGUACUGCUGGGAGCCACCCACGGGCUCAUCUUCCUGCCUGUGUUGCUCAGCUACGUAGGUCCCUCCGUGAACAAAGCCAAGGUGACGGCAGCCAACAAGCGCUACGCCGGCACGGAGAGGGAGCGUCUCCUAAACUUCUAACAGCACCGCGGGCGGGGGGGGUGUAGCCAGGACUCCGAUCGGUCACCUGCUGACAAGACAGCGCUGGCGCGGCACUGGCCUUUUCUGUGAUCGCCUUCACACACGGGCUUCACGCGGAAAGAAAGAAAAGAGAAAACCCAAACGGACCGGAACUUACUCCCGCUCAGGACUACCCACGGCACACUGGAGGCCUUGCAGGGCUAGGCAUUUUGUUUAUUUUUUUUUCCUUCCUCCUCACACAUGAAGUCUCCUCUCCAGCAACACUAAGCUCACCCGACCGUACGCUGCUGUGCCUGGGUCAACCUUUUUUUUUUUUCUUUUGGUCAUCGACGUGAAGCGGUCGGUGUGAAAAUGGGAGAAAACCUCACCAGUGCUUUCCACUAUGCAAAGAACAGUGCAACUGCCUUUUGCUGCUCUCAACCUAACCUUAGGGAAACGCAUCAGCAAAAGAUUGGUUCAAACCGACCAGUGUUCAGUUUGUUUUGGUUGUAGAAAAACCCAACUGUAUAAAAACUUGUAAAUCUUUAUUGACAAAAGCAUUUUUUGUAAAACAUCAGAUUAGACAUAUGAAACUAAUUUUGUACAGGUUCUACUGUAAAAGAUCAAGGGAUGCAAGACACGCAGGCUAAUAGAACAGCUGGCUUUGGAAAGGCUGGCUCCCUAUACACUUGCUUUAAAUAAUCUACUUUGUUGGAAAAUAGGAAUUGGGAAAUUUGACUGGAAUAAUCCAUAUAGAAUAAUUCCAUUGUUAGAGAUAGCAUGGGUCAAACCACAUUCUGUUAUAAUCAGAGCUCAGUUUGUUUGAAUACGCCAUGUGCUCACUGGUUCACCUAAUUGUUUGGAACGGGAGAAUUCCCUUCGUGACAUAAGCGUAGGUGUGGCCAUAGAUGUAGAAUUACUAGAUUUGUCUUAAUGUUUAUUAUGAGAUUCUUUCCAGUGUUUUUGUUGUAUCCACAUGGGAAGAAUCAAAGAUGUAGCACACUGUACAUUCAACUAUUACACUGAGUUGAAGUAGUCGAUCUAGUAAUCUGCUCUAGUUAUGGGCAUGACCUAAACCUCAACUGUAUGAGAUUGCCACAGAUUUACAGGGUUCGUGACUUUAUGUUACUGUGAAUGGCAUGUGGUAGAACUUAACCACUACUGCCAUGGCUAGAUUAUCAACAGAGUUCUGCUGAGCAUUGAAACUGACUGAAAUGUUAAAGCAAAUUUAAUUUUAUCUAUUUUAAAGUUUGUGGUUUUGAAUGAUAAGCUAAGAUACGGAAAUUCGUUAUGAUGGUGUUGGAUGCACACACCCCCAGUUUCUAAGAUUUUUGAAA